GGAGGAAGUGAGCAAAGAGCAGAGGAAUGCACUUGGAAGUUGUGAGCUUCAGCUUCAGCUGAGAGCCCGGCGUUAUCUUUCCCAAAAGACAAGACAGGCCUUGAUAAAGCUACUGGGCGAAUGAAAACAUGCCCCAUUUUACUGUGGUACCAGUGGACAAUAACUCACACUCCAACUAUGACAGUCUGGAGGGAAUUAACUGUGUGGAUUACAGAGACACGGGGCAAGAUGGGUACCCUGGACACGGAGACACAGUAAGCUCUGAUGGGCAUGGCAACCACAAAGAAGAUGUUCCCUUCCUCAACAAUACAGAUUCAGCAGCAAAGAGGAAUGACUACUAUGACAAGAACUUGGCACUGUUUGAGGAGGAACUGGACAUCCGCCCCAAGGUCUCUUCCCUUCUCAGCCGCCUGGUCAACUACACAAACAUUACUCAAGGGGCAAAGGAGCAUGAAGAGGCAGAAAGUGCUGAUGCAUCGAAAAGGAAAAUGCCAAAGUCUCCAAACAUGGGCACACUCAUGGGAGUUUACCUGCCGUGUCUGCAGAAUAUAUUCGGUGUCAUCCUUUUCCUGCGUCUCACCUGGAUUGUCGGUACAGCCGGUGUGGUGCAGUCUUUCCUCAUCGUCUUUAUGUGCUGCUCUUGUACGAUGCUCACAGCAAUAUCAAUGAGUGCUAUUGCUACCAACGGUGUUGUUCCAGCUGGUGGAGCAUACUUUAUGAUUUCACGCUCCCUGGGGCCUGAGUUUGGCGGUGCAGUGGGGCUUUGUUUUUAUUUGGGAACAACUUUCGCUGCUGCCAUGUACAUCCUGGGAGCCAUAGAAAUAUUUCUUAAAUAUCUGGUGCCACAAGCAGCCAUAUUUCAUGUCACUGAUGUCCAUGCGGAUAACAGCUUCAUGCUGAACAACAUGCGAGUUUAUGGCAGCAUCUGCCUCAGUCUCAUGGCUGUCGUGGUGUUUGUCGGUGUAAAAUACGUGAACAAGUUUGCUUCACUUUUCCUCACCUGCGUCAUCAUUUCCAUUGUUUCCAUCUAUGCUGGGGCAGUGAAAUCCAUCUUCCAACCACCAGAGUUCCCGAUAUGUAUGCUGGGCAACAGGACGCUAGCGCGUGACCUUUUUGAUGUAUGUGCAAAGACGGUAGUUGAAGGGAAUGAGACAAUACCCAGUAAGCUGUGGAGGAAUUUCUGUAGUUCAGAGAAUGGCAGCAGUUUUCACUGCGAUGAGUACUUUGCCCAGAAUAAUGUGACCGAAAUACAGGGAAUUCCUGGGCUGGCCAGCGGAAUCAUCAGAGAGAACAUGUGGGGCGAUUACAUGGAGAAAGGGCAGAUUCUGGAGAAGCCUAGUCUGCCCUCUGAAGAUGUCCAUGGUUCUAUGGAGUCCUUCAGAUAUUAUGUAUCUGCAGACAUUGCCACAUGUUUCACCCUCCUUGUGGGAAUAUUUUUUCCCUCAGCCACAGGCAUUAUGGCUGGAUCAAACAGAUCAGGAGAUUUGAGGGAUGCUCAGAAGUCUAUUCCUGUAGGGACAAUAUUGGCCAUCAGCACCACAUCACUUGUCUAUUUCAGUUCAGUGGUCUUGUUUGGGGCCUGUAUUGAAGGAGUGGUUCUCAGAGACAAAUUUGGUGAUGCAGUUAAUAAAAACCUGGUAGUUGGUACGCUCUCCUGGCCCUCGCCAUGGGUCAUUGUGAUUGGAUCGUUCUUCUCUACGGUGGGUGCAGGAUUGCAGUCACUAACUGGAGCGCCCCGUCUUCUGCAAGCCAUCGCUAAAGACAACAUCAUACCUUUCCUCAGAGUGUUUGGACAUGGUAAAGCCAAUGGGGAGCCCACAUGGGCCCUACUGCUCACUGCACUCAUAGCCGAGCUGGGCAUUCUAAUUGCAUCGUUGGAUAUGGUGGCUCCCAUUCUCUCUAUGUUUUUCUUGAUGUGUUACUUGUUUGUAAAUUUGGCUUGCGCUGUACAAACUCUCCUAAGGACCCCGAACUGGAGGCCACGUUUCAAAUAUUAUCACUGGGCACUGUCGUUCCUAGGAAUGAGCAUGUGUCUGGCUCUAAUGUUCAUCUCGUCUUGGUAUUAUGCCAUCGUAGCCAUGUGCAUCGCUGGCAUGAUCUACAAAUACAUUGAAUACCAAGGAGCUGAAAAGGAAUGGGGAGAUGGGAUCCGGGGUCUGUCGCUCAGUGCCGCUCGAUACGCUCUGCUUCGUUUGGAAGCCGGACCACCUCACACCAAAAACUGGAGACCACAGUUGCUUGUGCUACUGAAGCUGGAUGAAGAUUUGCAUGUCAAAUAUCCCAGAAUGCUAACCUUUGCUUCACAACUAAAAGCGGGAAAGGGCCUGACGAUUGUGGGAUCAGUAAUCCAGGGCAACUUCCUGGACAGCUAUGGGGAAGCUCAGGCCUCAGAACAGACCAUAAAAAACAUGAUGGAAAUAGAGAAAGUAAAGGGAUUCUGCCAGGUGGUGGUUGCCUCGAAGGUGCGCGAAGGAAUUGCUCAUCUUAUUCAGUCAUGUGGGUUGGGUGGGAUGAAGCACAACACAGUAGUUAUGGGUUGGCCGUAUGGAUGGAGACAAAGCGAGGAUCCUCGAGCAUGGAAAACUUUUAUUAAUACAGUUCGAUGUACCACAGCUGCCCACCUGGCACUGAUGGUGCCAAAGAAUGUGUCAUUCUACCCCAGCAACUAUGAGCGCUUUACUGAUGGACAUAUCGACGUGUGGUGGAUAGUCCAUGAUGGAGGAAUGCUCAUGCUGCUACCCUUCCUUCUCAAACAGCACAAGGUGUGGCGUAAGUGUAAGAUGCGUAUUUUCACUGUGGCCCAGAUGGAUGAUAACAGUAUUCAGAUGAAGAAGGAUCUGGCAACCUUCCUAUACCAGCUCAGAUUAGAGGCAGAAGUGGAGGUGGUAGAAAUGCAUGAUAGUGACAUCUCUGCAUACACCUAUGAGAGGACACUAAUGAUGGAGCAGAGGUCACAGAUGCUGAGGCAGAUGAGACUGUCCACAGCUGAGAGGAACAGAGAGGCCCAGUUAGUGAAGGACAGACACUCGUUGGUGCGAAUGGGCAGUUUGUACUCUGAUGAAGAAGAGGAAACUCUAGAUAUAUUGCCUGAGAAGAUCCAGAUGACGUGGACCAAAGAUAAGCUGGACACAGAGAAACGAAACCGCAACAACGCUCCAGAGAACUUCAGAGAACUCAUUAGUCUUAAACCAGAUCAGUCUAAUGUGAGACGGAUGCACACAGCAGUGAAACUCAACGAAGUCAUUGUGAAUAAGUCCCAUGAUGCCAGACUGGUGUUGCUUAACAUGCCUGGGCCUCCUCGCAAUCCUGAUGGUGAUGAGAACUAUAUGGAAUUCCUGGAGGUGUUGACAGAAGGUCUUGAGAGAGUGCUGCUUGUGAGGGGUGGAGGACGUGAGGUCAUCACCAUCUACUCAUAACUAACCACAUUGCCACAUUUGCCCCAGAAAGGCUAAAUGGGGGGCUAUACAGAAUAGCAAACAUUAUCUAAAUACGAAUUUGGAUAUAAAAGAUCAAAAUUGGGUGAGAUACGUUUAUACCUCACAGAAUUUCAUUUGUACUUCAUUCUAGAGGAAUGCACAUCUGGCAGUCAUUCACUGGCUGCAGCCUUACAAGUAUUCAAACACACACACGCAUACAGAGAGAGCGAGACAGAGACUGUCAUCAAAUAAAAUGCGGGUUAAGGACGGUUUGCUGUUUGGGACACUGUUUUGAGGAGAGUUUGUGUACAUUAGUUGUAUUAAAGUCAGUCAUGAGUUACAUUACACUCAUUCAGUGACAAAUAACACAUCAUAACCUCUUCCAUCUGUUCAUUUCUCAGCAUUUAUGUGAAACACAUACAGUACAUUACCUAUACCACACAACAAAACAUUCAUGUACACUAUCAUGUAUACCCUGUACAUCUAACCCAACGUCCGGAUGAAUCGGAAUUGAAUAACUGAUAACUUCUGAGUUGAGAGGCAAGGGUUUAACCACAAAGCUAUUAAAUCUCACACACAGCUGCAAUGUGCAUAGCACCUAUAUAUUCCCUUUAAUAUAACAAAAGACACACCCACAAAAUAAAUAAAUAAAAGGUUGUAUAAGCAUUCCCCUCCUUAUUUCCAGUGAAACCUAUAAAUUAGAUAUUUUGAUUGCAGGGCCAGAUUCUUAUUUUACUAGUUUAAUAAUGCAACACUAUGGCUCAUUGUUUACUGCUUAUUUGGCUCCAGGCGGGCAAUAAUUUAAAGUUCAACACACUCCACAGUGCAUUGAGCAAUAGCAGACACAUUCCUGGUAAAGACCCAAAUCUGCACUAAAGUGUAUUUCAGCUGAUAAGAAACAAAAUAUGUUUACUUGAAAGACUGAAGCCAGCUCAUCUGCUUCUCGUUAGAAACAGAAACACCAUCUUAAAGCAUUUGUGGUUAAAUACUGUGGGCAGAAGUACACAGUAAACAGGAAGUGUUAAUAGUGUGCACAGAGAAAUACAACAAUCUUAUGAGGAAUGGUAUAAUAUGUUAUAAUGUUAUAUAAAGUUAAUUCAGAGCAGCUGCAGACACAUCUGUAUUGUAUUUGUGUUUCUGUAAGAUUUUUUUUUUCCAAUGAGCUUUAGUCCAAACAAAAAUUUUACUUGGAGUAGAUUGAAAAGUUGAUGUUUUUUUUUAUUUAUUUCCUUAUUUAUUUGCUUUUACUCCCCAUUGCUUUGAGAGCACCAGGUUGUAGAUAAUGGUCAAAGAAAGAGAAUUGAGUUUAUUCAUGAUUUUGGGUGAAAACAUGAAAUGAUUUUAUAACUUAUGACUUUUUGUACUAGACGUUUGAACAUUUCAAAGAAAUAUAAAGCUUGUAAAUUAAAAGA